GCCGGUGUACUUCCGCAUCCUGCAGUCGUCACCUGUGCCUGUGGACUGUCCUCCAGCGGUUGUGGCCAGCGAGCAGGACGACCCCGGCUCCUGCGGAUCCUUCCAGAAGAGUACGGAUUGCAGGCGUGGGCCACCCACAAGGUUCAGGCUUCAGCGGCUGCUCGGUCCUGGAUGCUUGGAGUCUUCCGGAGUGGAAUCUGCUGCACUGCCCAUCUCAGAGGAGGGUCUCGAUUGGAUUCUGCAAGUAGACCCUUCUCUAGGGAGAGUGUUCUGGAGAGUGGGAGAUGGCCCCAGGGCUCCUGACAACCAGAGACAAGGCAUUAAUGGCUUUCCAUGACGUGGCUGUGGCCUUCAACCAGGUGGAAUGGGAACUGUUGAGUCCUGCUCAGAGGAUCCUGUACAGGGAAGUGAUGCUGGAGAACUACAGCCACCUGGUCUCUCUGGGAAUUGCAUUUUCCAAACCCAAACUCAUCACACAGCUGGAACAAGGGGCAGAGCCCUGGAGAGAUGGCAGUGAAUGCCUUCUGGACCUUUGUCUAGCAGAACCCAGGACAGAAUUAGAGUCCUGUCUCUCCUGCCCGAUAUCCUUUGCUAGUCCAGAAGUCCUCAGAGUGUGUGUGCUGAGUGGACACUCCCCUCAGACUUUCCCAAGCCCACGAGCAGGCAGCAACCUCCAGCCAGAAGCUCCAGACUGUUCUAGCGGUAAAGACCAAGAGGGAGACAGCAGUGAUGCUCUGUUGCAGAGAGCAAGUCCGUCGAGGAUCCUGACGACGCUCUUUAGCCCGUGUCAAGGUCAGGCAGUGUACUGGGUAGAAGACAACAGGAAACAAACAGACCUUGACCUGGCCCCAGGAGGGACCCCUGAGAAGGCAGGCACAAUGUCGAUGGGGUCCAACGAGUCAGAAUCUGGAGCAGUCAUAGAUGGAGCAUUUCCAUUAGAGCUGAACGCUGCCGCUGCCGCAAGCCUGUUCAGCUCUGAAAAGCAUCAUGGAUAUCCCGAUUGCGGAAGAGGCUUUUGCCAGAGGUCAGACCUCGUGAAGCUCCAGAGGAUGCACGGAGGGGAGAAGCCUUACUCAUGUUCCGAGUGUGGGCACCAGUUCACUCAGAAGGCUUCUCUCACUGUCCACCAGAGGAAGCACUCGGGAGAGAAGCCGUAUGUGUGUGGGGAGUGUGGGCGAGGCUUCAUGUAUGUAUCCUCUCUCAACAACCACAAGAAGAUUAUCCACUCGGGAGAGAGACCCCUGGUGUGUCCGGAGUGUGGGCGAUGCUUCCGCCAGAAGGUAGACCUCCUCCUUCACCAGAGGACUCACCUGGACAAGAAGCCCUUUGUGUGUCCCGAGUGCGGCCGGGGCUUCUGCCGGAAGGCCUCGCUGCUGCAGCACCGGUGGAGCUCCCACUCGGGCGACAACCCCUUCCUGUGCUCGGUGUGUGGGCGAGGCUUCAGGCUGCUCUCCAGGCUCCUCACUCAUCAGGUCACACACUCCGGGGAGAAGCCCUAUGUCUGUGCGGACUGCGGGCAACGCUUCGGCCAGAAGGGCACGCUCAUCCGACACCAGAAGACGCACACCGGGGAGAAACCCCACGUGUGUCGCCAGUGUGGCUGGAGUUUCACCCAGAAGGUCAACCUCAUUAGGCACCAGAGGAUCCACACAGAGGAAAAACCUUACCUGUGCCCCGAGUGUGGACGAGCCUUUGAGUUCAAGUCACUCCUCACCAGGCACCAGAAGACGCACAUGGGGGAGAAGCCUUACGUGUGCCCCCAGUGCGGCAAGGGUUUUAGCCAGAAGUUCAACCUCAUCGGGCACCAGAGGAUUCACACGGGGGAGCUGCCUUUUCUGUGCCCGGAGUGUGGCCGUGGAUUUGUAAAGCAGGCCACGCUGAUCAGACACCAGAGGACCCACGCACGGUGGGAGAAGCCUUACCAGUGUCCCGAGUGUGGACGAGCCUUUGAGUUCAGGUCACUCCUCACCAGGCACCAGAAGAUACACACAGGGGAGAAGCCUUAUGUGUGUCCUCAGUGCGGCAGGGGUUUCAGCCAGAAGUUCAACCUCAUCGGGCACCAGAAGACACACACAGGGGAGAAGCCCUAUGUGUGUUCCCAGUGUGGCCAGAGUUUUAGGCAGAAGUUCAACCUCAUUAGGCACCAGAGGAUUCACACAGGGGAGAAGCCUUUCUUGUGUGCCGAGUGUGGGCAUGCGUUUGGAAAGAAGGUCUCUCUCAUCAGACAUCAGAGGACCCAUGGGGAGCGGAAGCCUUACCAGUGCCCGGAGUGUGGACGAGCCUUUGAGUUCAGGUCACUCCUCGCCAGGCACCAGAAGACACACACGGGAGAGAAGCCUUACGUGUGCCCCCAGUGCGGCAAGGCUUUUAGCCAGAAGUUCAACCUCAUCGGGCACCAGAGGAGCCACACGGGGGAGAAGCCUUACCCGUGCCCCCAGUGCGGGCGCGCCUUUGGCUUCAAGUCUCUUCUCACGCGACACCAGAGGACACACUCUAAGUAGGAGCUUCCCGCCAACUGCACGUAUGUGUAAGGGACUGGAUGGGAUGUCACCUCUGACUGGAGGACUCAGUCCAGUCCACAGAGAAGCUGUUUGUUUGGGCGUGGCCUCGGCUUUAACUCUGCCCUCGUUAUACAUACAUCAGCAGACCUGCUCUAGGAAGAAUCCAAUGUGUGCAGGGAUUGCUGGGGUCGGGGUGGGGCAGGGGUCUCACCACCACAGACCUAGGAGGAAUAAGUGUGGCCAUCAGCUCCUAGCACGAGAGGUGUUUGCCUGUCCUGUUCCUUCCUUUCUCCAGGAGCAUGAAGCUGGCAGAGGUCACUAGCGAAUGAAUGUCCCAUUUUCCUGAAAUGGGAUAGGGGGAAAGUCCUCACUUGUUGAUGAAAUCGUUGGUGUAUGGUUGACUUUCUUCAGUUAGCAGUGUGGGUUUUUUAGGGCUCCCUAACAAAAUACCCCAGGCUUAGGCAAAAGAAAUUUAUUUUGCCAGGUAUGUGGAGCCCGGGAGUCCUCUCCCAGACCGGCUGAGGUAUGGCUCCUCCUCACCUCUCUUUGGCUGGUAGAUGGCUUCCUCUUGUGCUGUGCUUCCACUGGCCGGUCUCUCCUUUGCACAGGCUUUCAUGGUGCCUGUUCCUCCCAGAGAGGGCCACACCAGAGGACCUUGUUCAACUUUGAUAACUUCUUUAAAUGUCCUGCUCCAAGUCAUAUCACAUUAGAGGUGAGGCAUCAGUAUUUACAUUGUGGGGAAUAUGAUUCAGUCAACAGCUGGCUUUCUCCACAGCACCAGAGUUGUUAUUUGGACAUACAAGAUACAUUCACAUCAUCCCCAGACCUCAAAUCCUUAACUCAUUUCAGCAUGAACUCUAAACUGAAAAUCUCUAAUAUAAAUCUCUAAAUCAAGUGUAGGUGGGGCGUUAAGUCCAGUUCACCUGUAAGCCAUAUUUCUAUUUGUAAUCCUAUGAAAUCCUACAUGAAAUUUGCUUCCAAAUUCCAAUGGCCAGACAGGUUUAGAUAUUCUUAUUCCAAAAGGGAAACAUUGGAAAGACCUGAGGAAUGAUGGGUCCCAGUGUCAGGUAAAAAUUUAGCAAGGCAAAAGGAAUAUAAAAAAAAGUCCCAUAUUAUAUUCAUAUGUGCUUGUCCA